CACCGGCAUGGGGACGCAGGGGCUGGGGAUAACUUUUCUGACUUUGCCUCUCGUCGUGCGAGCAGCCGCGGGAGGGCAGUGGUGCUACGACUCGCAGGACCCCAAAUGCGGUCCCAGCCACUGGAAGGAGCUGAAGGCCACGUGCGGCGGCGACAAGCAGUCCCCCAUCAACAUCGACAGGCGCCGGCUGCAGCGGGACAGUGGCCUCGGGGACAUCCUCUUUGAGGGCUACGACCAGGCUCCCCCGGGCAAGUGGAGGCUGGCGAAUGACGGGCACACAGUGAUGCUGAGCCUGGCGAGCGAGUUGGCCUCCGAGCACAUCACCAUCAGCGGGGGGGGCCUCCCCGGCAGGUACCGUGCGCUGCAGCUCCACUUCCACUGGGGCAGCCCAGCUGGGAAUGGCUCCGAGCACACACUUGACGGACGCCAGCUCCCCAUGGAGCUGCACAUCGUCCACAUCAAUGUCAAGUACCGGACGCUGGCGGAGGCCAAGGGACAUCCCAAUGGGCUGGCCGUCCUCGGAUUCUUCUUCCAGGUCUCCGAAACCCCAAACACCAACUACAACACCAUCGUGGCGGGGCUGAGGAACAUCUCCCACGCCGGGGACUCCGUGGAUUUGGCCUCUACCUUCCGCCUGAGCACCCUGCUGCCGCACGCCGGGCGCCUCGCUGGGUACUACCGCUACCAGGGCUCCCUCACCACCCCCGACUGCAGCGAGGUCGUCGUCUGGACCGUCUUCGAGGAGCCGGUGGAGAUCGGACAGGAGCAGCUGUGGGCCUUUGUCAGCACCCUCCACUUCCCGGCCGCCGGCUCCACGCUCCUAAAAAUGACCAACAACUUCCGCCCGCCGCAGCCCCUCCACAGCCGCAAGGUCUUUGCCUCCAGGGCGGCCACGGCCAGUGGCGGGUCCCCACACGGGGGCCACCACCAGCUCCUCUCCCCCCUGCUCCUCCUGGCCCUGCUCGGCCCCUUCUCCCCAACCCCGUAGGGUCUGGCCCAGCCUUUCCCCCGCCUCCACACGAGCAUCGCCCCCCUGCAAUGGUGACGGGGGGGCGAUGCAUCUAGUCCAUGGGUAAAUGGGAAAAAACCAUCACAAAAAAGCACGUCGAGACCUUGGCCAGGUGAAGAUUUUGCAAAGCUGGAUCUCUGCAGAGGUGCAUCUCUGCAAGCCUGGAGCCGCCCUGCCAUGUCCCUGUCCCCACCAGGAGGGGAUGGUGGAGGGGCUGGAAUAAAGCCGAGGUCCUCACUGGUGGCUGC